AUGUCUUCCUCGAAAGCUGCUACAGCUAAAGACCCCAAGAAACAAUCUACUCUCAAUGGGUUCUUCACCAAAAAGCCGGGACCGGCUCCCUCUCGAACCGGCUCCUCGGGCAGUGUUGGCGGCGGAUCGAAUACCAAAGCUCCGACAGCAACCUCCUCCCCUGCCUCGGCUACCACCCUUCGCACGCCCUCGUCCGUCGCUGGUAGCUCGCCCGCGGUCGGGCGAGGUCUGGCCGUAAAUGGAAAUGGCAAAGAGAAGGAAAGGACGAGGGGCAGCAGCCCGCUCAAGAAGUCUGCGAUGAUGGAGGACAGGGAGGAGCUCUCGCCUCCACCCGAGAUCAUUGAGCGGCCAGUGUCGAGUAUGUCCAUGAGGGUGGAUACAGAGGAGGAGGCAGAUAGUCAGGAUGUGCCGAUGGACGGGUCUCCGCCCAUCAAGGGCGGCCGACGAGCGAAGCGCAAGAUCGUAUACGCAGAGUCGGAAGGCUCGGGAUCGGAUGCGGACAUCACAGCGACGGCUGGUCCGUCAAAGCCCAGGGCACAGCCCGCUCGGCCUCGGAAGAGCAUGAAGGCUUCCUCGGACGACGAUUUUGAGAUGGACGAUGCAGAUGAUGCUCUCUUUGCCGCUGCUGCCGAACAAGCUGAAGCUCGACUCCGCUCACCCUCCUCUUCCCCCGACAUCCGCUCCGCCUCGCCCGAACCGCGCAAGAAACCCAUUAAGAAGACCUCCUCCUUCGUCGCCCCCAAACCUCGUCCCGGUCCCAAACCCAUUGCCAAUGCCUCUUCAGCAGCCAGCAAACGGGGCUCCUCUUCUUCCUUCCAGAACUCGUCCACCAUGUUCCUCACCGCGGCCGAGACCCGCAAGGCGAAAGAGAAGGAGGACAAGAAGGAAAGUGACGAGGUGUUCUCGUUCCUCAUCAAUCGGAGGGACAAGCAGCGCCGGAAGCCUGAUGAUCCGGACUAUGAUCCGAGGACGAUCUAUAUCUCGCCAGAGCAGAUGAGGGAGCUCAAGCCGUUCGAGAAGCAGUUCUGGAGCAUCAAGCAGACCAAUAUGGAGACUGUACUCUUCUUUCAGAAGGGCAAGUUCUUUGAGCUGUACGAGGAGGAUGCGCAAAUAGGGCACCAGGAGUUCGACCUGAAGUUGACCGAGAGGGUCAGAAUGAAGAUGGUUGGAGUUCCAGAGCAAAGCUUCGAGUUCUGGGCAGCCAAGUUCCUGGCGGCAGGGUACAAGGUCGGCCGGGUGGACCAGGUCGAGACUGCUAUCGGUGCGGAGAUGCGUCGAGGAGCCGAGCAGAAGGGAGCCAAGGGCAAGCCCGCCGCCAAGAAGAAGAAGUCGGACGAUGGGGACGACGACGACAAGCCCGACAAGAUUGUCCGACGCGAGUUGAAGCAGGUCUUUACCAACGGUACAAUCGUCGAUGGCAACUACCUCACUACAGACGAGGCGAAUCACUGUGUUUCAAUCAAGGAAUACUCGCCCGACCCUAGUGAGCCCUCUUCGUUCGGUAUCUGUAUCCUGGACGCGUCGACCGGAGAGUUCCAACUCGUCGCUUUCGAGGAUGAUGUCUGCCGGACUCGGCUCGAGACGAUGUUCCGGCAGAUCCGACCCAAAGAGCUCGUCUUUGCAAAGGGCAACUUGACAGUCACCACCACCCGCACUCUGCGCAACAUCCUCCCCUCCUCGACACUCUGGCAAUCCUUCCGCCCCGUCGAGGAAUUCUACACGGCCGACCAGACCCUCGAUGAGCUCACCCAGCUCUUUGAAACGGAGGAUGACGAGCCAGGGACGAAGGCGCCCCUCCCGCCUGCGAUCGAACAGAUGCUGGAUAAUCCACUGGCGAUGGAGGCGCUUGGCGGGAUGAUGUUUUACCUGAAAACGCUGAACCUCGACAAGGAUCUCAUCACGCAGCGGAACUUUAACGUGUAUGAUCCGAUCAGAGAGGGAAAGAGUUUGGUGUUGGAUGGCCAAACGCUGGGGCAUAUGGAGGUAUUGGUGAAUAACGAAGGAGAGCUCGCUGGGACUUUGCUGGAGAUCAUGCAGCUUUGCGUUUCGCCAUUCGGUAAACGUCUCUUCCGGAUUUGGCUCACCUGUCCCCUGCGCGACAUCUCUGCCAUCGACGCCAGACUGGACGCGGUGGAGGAUCUGAUGAAGUAUCAGUCCUUCACUGGGCAGUUUACCCAGAUGGCAAAGGCUCUGCCUGAUCUCGAGCGGCUGAUAUCCCGAAUCCAUGCGGGGUCGGUCAAGCAGACUGACUUUGUCAAGGUCGUCCAUUCAUUUGAGGCGAUCAUGAAGGCCAUCGAAGACCUCGGACGUCAAGCAGCCGAGUUCGACUCGAAGAGCGUCUCGGGGUUGCUCCGGUCCGCCCCAGAUCUCAAGUCUUACGUCCAGCAUAUCCAGUCGCUCUUCAACGAGAAGCAGGACGGCAAAACUCUCCAGAUCCUUCCGGAACCGGGCGCCGAUGCAGAGUGUGAUGAGGCAGAUGCGACUGUCGAUGAGUGUGAACAGGAGCUGGAUGUUGUCCUGAAGAAGACAAUGCGGAUGUUCAAGGGAGAGAAGGUGCAGUAUUGGCACAGUGCGCAGGGAGGGAAGGAGAUCUUCCAGUUGCAGAUCCCUUCUGGGGUGAGCGUCCCGAGGGACUGGACCAAGCAGUCUAGUACCAAGAACUUUGACCGGUACUACACCCCGGAGACGAUUCCACUCAUCCGAGCGCUGCAAGAGGCGAGGGAGAUCCAGGCUACAGCAAAGAAGACAUUCUUCCGCCGUCUUCUGGGCGAGUUUGACAAAGACCGAGAAGUCUGGCUGGCGGCCGUCAAGAUCAUAGCCGAGCUCGACUGCCUCGUCUCCCUCGCCAAGGCCUCUGCCAAUAUGGACGAACCCAAAUGCCGACCCGUCUUCACUCCCUCCGACACGGCCUUCGUCGACUUUGAAGACCUCCGCCAUCCGUCCAUGUGUCUCCGCGCCGACUUCAUCUCCAACAAUGUCCGCCUGGGCGGGGACGAGCCGCGCCAGGUCCUGCUCACCGGCCCGAACAUGGCGGGCAAGAGUACCUUGUUGCGCAUGACGGCAGCGGGGAUUAUUAUGGCGCAGAUGGGGUGUUAUGUGCCUGCGAGUCGGGCGGUGUUGAGUCCUGUGGAUAAAAUUCAGACUAGGAUGGGGGCUUACGAUAAUAUGUUUGCGAGUGCGAGUACGUUCAAGGUGGAGCUCGAUGAGUGCUGUAAGAUCCUGCGCGAGGCGGGUCCGAAGUCGUUUGUCAUUCUCGAUGAACUUGGACGAGGUACCUCGACAUAUGACGGGAUGGCUAUUGCUGGAGCGGUCCUGCACCACCUCGCUACCCAUACUCUGCCACUAGGAUUCUUUGCUACCCACUACGGCUCCCUCACUGACGACUUCGCCUACCACCCCAACAUCAGGCGAAUGCACAUGCAGACCCACGUCGACGACGAGCAGCGCCAAGUCAUCUUCCUGUACAAGCUCAUCCCGGGCGUAGCGGAAUCUUCGCACGGUACCCACGUGGCCCGCCUCGCUGGCGUCCCCGAACCAGUUGUCGAACGGGCCGACCAAGUAUCCGCCGAGUUCUUUGCGGCAUUCAAGACCAAACUCGCCGCUAAGCGCCGCUCGGACCUGCCCUUGGUCGCCCAUGCGGACUUCGCAUUCUUGAUGAGUCUGCUAGGAACGAGGCGGGAUCGGGAUGGCAAGGUGGUGGCAGGGAGUGAGGGCGGGGAGGGGGGUAAAGGGAAUGGGGUGGAGUUGGGCAAGCAGCUGGAUAUCAUCCGGAGGGCGAUUGGGCGGUAUGAGGUUUCUGCAUAA